AUGACUGAUCCCGUGAUUAUCGAUCGCUAUACUGCUGCCAGAGUUUACUUUGGCAGCGUUGUUGGCUUGGUCUUCUUAGAAUCACUCAUUCCUUUCAGUAUCUAUGCCUUCCAAAGAUACAACAGGUGUGAGGCUUCCAUUUUUCCAUGCUUGGGCUUCACUAAUUCCCCAGAUCGACGACAAGAUCGAAAUGUGUUGCACUGGAGCAUUACUGUCUGGCUUCAUAAACUACACAGCUUCCAGCUACCUCUCCCAUAUUUAGACUGGCACAUCACCGAUCUUGCGCGUUUCACGGCUUUUCUCGCACUUAACUUGGUCUUCAGCAUACAAUCCAACGAGUUCACGGCUGACUAUACCCUGUACGGCUGGCUAGCAAUUGCCAAUGCUGGUCUCGCACUGCUGAUGGCAUCCCGAAACAAUCUAUUCGCGACCCUCCUACGUAUUCCCAGCCCAGUCCUCCUUCAGUACCAUCGCUGGAUCGGCCUUGCAACAGUCUCUCAUGCAACAGCCCAUGUAUCGUUUAACAUCCAGCAUUACAUCGAGACAAAACAGGUUACCACCAGCUUUGGAAACCAUCGAAUCCAGGUAGGCUUGAUGGCCUGGAUCGCUCUAGCCAUGCUAUUUCUUACGGCCCUACCGAUUGUGCGACGCCACUUCUUCGAAAUAUUCUACUACACACACGCUCUGUUCUUAGUUUUCGUCGUCGGGGCUUUGAUCCAUGCCUCGCAUGGGCCGGAAUUCAUGCUUCCGGGGCUUUUGCUCUGGGGUAUAGAUCGUGCGAUCCGAUUUGCGAACAAUUUUCGCACCGUCCAAGUGCAGAGGGUUGAGGCAUUCGAGGGCAACGUAACAAAGUUCAAGGUCAAGGGUCUGAGGACUCGUACUCCCGGACAGGUUGUAUGGCUUCAAAUCCCAAAGGUGUCCUUUGUGGACUGGCAUCCAUUCACUGUCGCCAGUGCACCCAACGAUCCUGAGAAGACUGCGACAAUUGCCGUUCGAGGUCUUGGGGGUUUCACUAAGGCUGUACAGUAUGCCGACUGCCGCGGCGAUCUGAAUCUGCACGGAUACGUAUCCUUGGACUCGAACAGUAUGAUGGCUCACCCGCUCAAGAUGCGCCUUGAUGGCCCUUACGGGGUUGGGUCAGUGUCUUGGGGCUUGCUGCCAGUGACUGUCCUCGUUGCCGGUGGCAUUGGAAUCACGCCAGGUAUCAGCAUAGCGUCUCACAUCAUCAGACAAACGGGUAUUGAAGUAGGCAGUCAUUCCAUGUCUCAUAUUCAUCUUCUUUGGGUCGUCAGAGAUGUUCAGUAUGUCCAGUGGUUCGCAGAAGAACUUACUGAACUUGUCAAGGCAUGUGCAAAGCCAGAUUCGCCAACAACUCUCGAAAUAUCGAUAUAUAUCACUGGGGGAAGGCGCGAGGCUCAGAUGAGCGAUUCGUCUCUCGAAAUGCAGGUCAUGAGCUCUCCGCAGCCUUGGUCUGUUCAUUCGGGGCGACCAGAUCUAAAGCAGUGGUUCAGGCAGAUCAAGUCUAACAAUAUUGGCAUGGAUACUGCCGUGAGUUUAUGCGGGCCAAGGCAACUUAUCGAGCAAGGGAGAGCGGCUGCAUGUGGUGUUUCUGAAAGAGAAGGACUCUUCUUUGUACAGGAGGAAGUGUUUGAGCUGUAG